UGUGUGAUGAAUCAAAAAUUAAAUACUAUAUCAAUUAAUAACUUUUAAUAUGAUUUUGUCGAAAUGGUAACGUGCUAUUCUAGUGAUUAUGCUAUCAAAUCAUUUUACCUAUAAGGUUAAAUGAGAAUUUGAGCUUCCUACCUUUGAGAUUAUCAGGAAAAACAAAUACUUUGGUUGAUAUUCAUUAGUUUCAUCAAAAUGUUCAAUUUCUGGUCAAAGCCUGAUCCUAAAGAUGAGCAGAGAGAAGUUGAUCGACAAUUGAGGAAAGUUGGCAGGGAUAUCGAGAGAGAUCGUAGACAAUUAGAGAGAGAUGAGAAAAGAUUGGAACUGGAGAUAAAGAAAUUAGCCAAAGAAGGUGACACCGAUGGAUGUAAGUUGUUGGCAAAGCAGCUGGUGCAGAUGCGAAAACAGAGGCAACGCACCUAUGCUGCUAACAGCAAAGUUCAAGGUAUCGCAUUCCAGAACAAAGCCAUGGGAGCGAACGUCAAACUAGCCGAGGCCAUGGGAACGGCAGGAAAGACCAUGUCGGAUAUGAACAAAACGAUGAAACCCGAACAAAUAGCGGCUACAAUCGAAGCGUUUACGCGGGAAAAUAUGAAAAUGGAAAUGACAGAUGAUAUGAUAAAUGAUACUUUAGAUGAUAUGCUGACAGAAUCUGGAGAUGAGGAAGAAAGUGACCACAUCAUCAAUAAAGUACUCGACGAAAUAGGAAUCGAGAUUAGUGGAGCUGUUUCUGGAGCUCCUAUUCCGGAAUCUGGAAAAAUCGGGGAGAGUUCGAAAGCCAAAGGAAUGAGCGACGACGACAUUGUGGCACAACUAGCAAAGUUGCGAGAAUGAAAAUUAUUCAUUGUUGUGAUCAUAUAAAUCUAUGUAUUUCCAGUUAUUGCUUCAAAAGCAUCUACUAACAUUUAUAUUGCCUAUAUUUUUUAUUAAAUAUGUUGUUAUCCAG